GCAUGGACUUCCAGAAGCAGAUCCGGCUGGCUGGGGGCCGCACUCCGGAGGAGGGCGUGGUGGAGGUUCUGGUGGAGACGAACGGGGCUCUUGUCUGGGGGGCUGUGUGCAGUGACCUCUGGGGACUCAACGAGGCCAUGGUGGUCUGCAGGCAGCUCGGCAUGGGAUUUGCCAACCACGCCAUCCAGGACACGUGGUACUGGCAAGGCACUCCAGGGGCUGGCAAAGUGGUGAUGAGUGGGGUGCGCUGCUCAGGCACAGAGCUGGCCCUGCAGCAGUGCCAGCGGCACGGGCCUGUGCACUGCUCCCACGGGGUGGGCCGCUUCUCAGCAGGAGUCACCUGUACUGACAGUGCCCCAGACUUGGUGAUGAAUGCACAGCUGGUACAAGAGACAGCCUACCUGGAGGACCGCCCACUGAGUCUGCUGUACUGUGCCCAUGAGGAAAACUGUCUCUCGCAGUCAGCUGACCACAUGAACUGGCCCUACGGGCACCGCCGCCUGCUGCGAUUUUCCUCCCAAAUCCACAACCUUGGCCGGGCGGACUUCCGACCUAAGACUGGGCGCCAUAGCUGGAUCUGGCACCAGUGCCACAGGCACUACCACAGUAUUGAGGUCUUCACCCACUAUGACCUUCUUACCCUCAAUGGCUCCAAGGUUGCUGAAGGACAUAAGGCUAGCUUCUGCCUAGAGGACACCAACUGCCCCACAGGGCUACAGCGGCGUUAUGCCUGCGCCAACUUUGGGGAGCAGGGGGUGACUGUGGGCUGCUGGGACACCUAUCGUCACGAUAUCGACUGCCAGUGGGUGGACAUUACAGAUGUGCGUCCUGGGGACUACAUCUUCCAGGUGGUGGUAAAUCCUAAAUUUGAGGUGGCCGAGUCAGAUUUCUCCAACAACAUGAUGCGGUGCCGAUGCAAGUACGACGGGCACCGGGUCUGGCUGCACGGCUGCCACACAGGUGACGCUUAUGGAGCCAAUACCGAAGUCUUGGAACAGCAGCAGCGACUCCUCAACAACCUCAUCUGAGGUCCCGGCCACAAGCCUUCACCUGCUGCCCCAACACCAGAUACCUCAGCCUCCUGGAGCCGUCCCCUCAUGGAGCUUCAGCCUCCUGAUGAGGGAGAGCGUCCAGAAGCGACAAGAUACGCUCAGGGAGCCUUGGAAGGAGAGAAUGCCAGAGCAGGAUGAGCACAGCCCCCCAAGGAUAGCAUGGGCUUGGACCUUUGUCACAUGGAGCCCGAGUCUUA